AUGCCUGUGAUACAGGGUCCCACGUCAGGCGAUGCGCCUCAGACAUUCAAUCAGCCAUCCCGAAAGGGCAAAAAGGCCUGGAGAAAGAACGUGGACGUCACCGAAGUGCAACAGGGCCUCCAAGAUCUGAAUGAAGAGAUUAUUCAAGGUGGCGUAAUUCGAGAGAAAGACUCCAAAGAUCUUUUCACUCUUGACACGACCCGCGAUACGACCAUCUCCAAACGACUACCGAAGCACCUCAAGAAAGGACUAAAGGCCGACGAGAUCAUUGCCGCACGCUCCGCUGUCCCUGCUGUCUCCCUUCGUAAACGCCCCUCUAAAACGACUGAUGGCAUACUCCCCGUGAAGCGCCAACGCACGGACUGGGUCUCCCAAAAGGAACUGUCGAGGUUGAAGCGUGUGGCGGACGGGCAGCACGACAAUACCGUCGAGGUGCGCGAUGCAACAUACGAUCUAUGGGAUGCCGAGCCGAAGAAGUCCGAGGUCCAAAUCGACGAGUUCUUCCCCGAGCCUGUGCAUGCCAAGACACCCAAAUCAAUGAAGCAGGCACCACUGUCUCUUCUAGCCAACGGCAAGACUGAAGCCGCGGUGCAGCGUCCUACUGGUGGAUACUCAUACAAUCCCGCUUUCUCCGACUACGAGAAGCGUCUGGCCGCCGAAUCCGCCAAGGCCAUUGAGGCAGAGGAGAAGCGCCUUGCUGACCUUGAGGCAGCCCGCGUCAGAGCGGAAGCUGCUGCUCGCUCGGCGGCCGAGGCGGAAGCGGCCGAGGCUCGCGCCAACAUGUCGGAAUGGGAAGAAGACUCGGAGUGGGAAGGCUUCCAGAGCGGUGCCGAGGAUGGUCGACCGACGAAGCUUCCUCAGCGCAAGACACCCCAGCAGCGAAACCGGAUGAAGAGAAGAAAAGAAGAGGAGAGACUACAGAAGCACAAGGCCGCCAUGAAGGCGCGCCGUGUGCAGGAGCAAAAGAUUGCAGAGUUGGCACAGGAGGUCUCCGAAAAGGAACAGCUCCGUGCGUUGAUGCGACAGCAACGUGCACUUGCCGCUGGCUCCGACAGCGAGGGCGAGAUAGGGGAACAGAAACUGAGGCGGAAGCAGCUCGGCAAGUACAAGCUACCCGAGAAGGACCUGGAGCUUGUUCUGCCAGACGAGCUGCAGGACAGCCUACGACUGCUCAAACCCGAGGGUAACAUGAUGAGGGAUCGAUACAGGAGCAUGCUAGUCAGGGGCAAGGUCGAAGCAAGGAGGCAUCUUCCCUUCAAGAAGCAGGCCAAGAGGAAAGUCACGGAGAAGUGGACGCACAAGGACUUUGUCAUUUAG